UAUCUAUCUACCUAUCAUUCUAUCUAUCUAUCUAUCUAUCUAUCUAUCUAUAAAUGUUUGCCUGUCUGUCUAUCCAUGUAUCUGUCUGUCUAACAUUUCCUAAAGAGACUACUAACUCUUCAAUAAGCAAGCUAAAAGGUAGAGCUAAUUCCUUCACAAAACCCGAAAAGACCAGUUUCCAUCUGUUGAUCCAAUAAGCCUAGCGUCGUCUAAGCCUUGUGAAAUUUUUGCGAUACUUUUCAUUUUUGGUUUAUUUUCACCUUAUUAGUUGUUUAAUUUUUCCUUAUUUUAAACUUGUCUUUAAUAUUUAGUUUUAUUUUAUUUUCAUUUAACUAUAUUUUUAUUUUUUAUCCUUAUUUUCAAGAAUUCUUUCAUUUUGUUUUGAUUUCAAUUCGCUUGCCAGUUUAUUUUGUAGUAGUAAUUAUUUUAAAACUUAAAAACAAACAAACAAUCAUGAGAGCGAACAACUAAGAUCGCACGAGCCCAAUGCAGGGGUGGAUUUCAAACUAUCUUAAAUAGGAAGAGACCUUCCAAUUGAAUUGGCAAUAAUGAAAUUAAACGUAUCCAGCUAACAACUGGCACUUGUCCGAAAUUAAUAAAUUUAGAACAAUGGAUAUUACUGGUUUCCUUUCAUUUUUUUCUUUUGUUUCCUCUUUGCUUGUUUGUUUGUUUGUUGUUGUUGUUGUUGUUGUUUCCUUUUGGGGGGGGGGGGCAAAGUUCCAAAAAUUUUAACAAUUACAACUAAGAAUAAGUUUCAUUCCUUUUAUUCGCAAUGUACUUUUAAGAAAAAGCGAGACAAUCGUGACAUGUAUUUUCCUGCAACAAUAUAUCACUGGUAGAUCACACUGUUGCUCCAUCGAUAUCAACCGCCCAAUAUUUCUUUUAUCGGUGUUAACUUAAAUCACUUGAUAAAAGAAUUAUAAAUACACAAUUAUUUCGCCAAAGGGUCGCUCAAUGCUGGAAUUGAUUACAACUGAUUACAGUCGGGAUAAACUGUCUGUAAGUUCUUUUUCUUGUCUCUUAUUUUUCUUAUUUUUGCAUCCCCUCUAGAUUUGCCCAGAUGUCCCUUUAAACUGAGAUAAACUUGACAUGAAAAAUGAGUGAAGUGCAAAGCGAACAAUAACACGAUGUAAUUAAGCUUGUUAUCUUAAAUUUUUUAAAUUAAACUAGACUGCCUGCUAAAGAUCUGUGAAUGAUAUGUAAUAAGAUAAUAAAUAGCAUUUACCACGUUGUUGAGCUCUUCUGUAUCAGUUUCUUGUAAUUAUUUCUUAGCUAACAUAGGGCACGAUAUUCAAGUUAUUAUUCAUUGUGGUAUGGGUGUAUAGUAGGGUUCGUCUACCUUUUGACUGUCCACUGCUGGUCCUCAUCAGUCCAUGGCGUCGAUUUGCUGAACGGGACUUAAACCAGGACUGUAACAGUUGCUAGUGAUCGGUAUAUGUCGAACGUCACAUCAGUUUUACAAAUAUUCAAGUUUAGUACUUGUUGCAGUACUAGAUGCUUUCAAGAAAUUGCUCUGUAUCAAAUAUGUUCGUAAAAGUAUUUACCUCUCAACUGCUUAAUUCCAUGGAUUUAAUGACCCUUCCUGUACAUGUAUUCAUAAUAUUUUGAGCAAGUAAGCCAUGAUGAUACUUUCAUCACUGUUGCAUUUCGGACGAUUGAGAGACAUGGGAACGAAUUAAUCAGAAAUUGAUAUCCUGGCGGCAUAGUUUAGAGGCGCGCGCAGGCUCGUGGGAUAGUUUCGGACUAUUUUUGGUUUUGGCGUGGGAUUUGUGGCAUUGUACGUCAGCUCAGUUGACGUGUUCGCUAUUCGUUUUGUUUUGCAUAGUUUCUUUUCCUAUGGUUAUGUUCUUACGUGUUCAGAUUGGAAUAUAGCUUAUGUGUUUGGGUUUUUUGACCUGCUUUCUUUGAAAUUAGUCUCUUUGGAGUAGUCUAUGUAUUCACUGUUCUGUUUUUUGCGUAAAUCAUUUCCCCGUGGUUUCUUGCCACAGUAUUGGCAGGGGACUACGUUUUCACACCUUUCUUGGCCACUUCUCAAAGGUGGUUUUAAGUUGGUUUUCGAAUCUGACCUUGCACACUUUCUUGCCUAGAGCAUGUAGUAAACAAACUAAAGGAACGUUUUUUUCUGUGUAAAGGCAGAAAUGAACCAAGGGAAGGCGGAGUAAUUGAUCUGUAAUCAAGAAGGACCAACAUACUGCAAAGUGCAAAAUACCAACAAGAGCUCUUCCAAAUUUAUAUUUGAAUCCAUGGAAACCCUCGGGUAAUGACUCACAUAAGCGUUAGUAGGUAUGCAAAUAUCCACAAAACCUUGCCUUACUGGGUGAAUUUACUCCUCAAUAGUGCUGCUCGGCUGGCCUAAAUUUGUUUGUUUUUUUGUUUGUUUGUUUGUUUUUUUUAGUCCUAUUUCAAAGGCUAAACACUCCACCGUCCACAUCACUUUUGCGAAAAACAUCUUGCGUCUACUUAAAUUUCCCCUCGCGCGAAAAAGUUGAAUAACUUGAAAACCGUUCAAGUUAUAUUAUAUGGAGUUAUAUAGAGUGGGAUGAAUAGGCGAACGGUUCGGUGGAGUUUGAAAAUAUUUUUGCCCAGAUUUCGGAUUUUAAGCAAGAUUUUAACGCAUUUUCGGAUCCUGCAAUUGCAGCGGAUUGAGGAUUCAUCUAUUUUAAAUUGGGCGUGGAUUUUCGUCUAUGCGUGUAAUUAAAAUAUUUUUGCCCGGGUUUCGGAUUCAAGGCGAAAAUGGAGGGGCGGAUUUGUAUAUGUAAUAGGACUACAUGCUGUCCAAUUUGGAAAUAAUUGGAUGAAAAAAUUCCGAGGACAGCCAAAAUUAGACGAGGCCGUAGGCCGAGUCCAAUUUCGCUGUCAGAGGAAUUUUUUGAGAAAAAUUAUUUCCAACUUGGACAGUUUUUGCGAAAUAUUGUACACUUGAACCCGUCCGUUUGUAGUUGAAAAAAAAAAACACACACACACACACACACACACACAUACGCAAGAUCUAAAAAAGAUUUCUUUUCCUAGUGUCAUUCAAAUUAUUCUUUGCAAGUAAACAAACGUACAACUAGUAUUGCUGUUUCAUACUUUGGCAUUUUGUUGCCAAUUCAAAUUUUGAAAGCUCCUUCAAUGGUCUGAACACAUACUGUGCUACAGAUGAAAACCGCAGUUUCGAGUAUAAAGAAGACAAAGCCACAACGCAAAUACUUAAUUUAAAUACAAAAACUAGUGAAAAUAAACAACUCAUUCAUUGCCUCAAACGAUUUCCGCAGAAUUGGUCCAUUUGUUUUUGUACUGCCAACAUCUAAACACAAGUAUCUGUGUUUUCUUAUUCUGGUUCAAAGUGUCACUGCUUGUGCAUUUUCAAGAAAUCUAUGCGUUGAUUGUUUCCAAUACAAACUUUCAUCUGUUUGGUCAUACAUUUUCCUUUGCUUUUAAAUGGCCCAGAAAAGAAGCCAAAAGAAAACGGCACUACUGAGCAAGAAAACAAAACGACAUUCACAGCAACAAAAAGCCAAGAGUGUUCGAGGACGAACCGGUGUCAGCCAACGAAACUUUUCUUGGUGCGUUGUCACAGGGACCUUGCGCUGAUUGGCUAGUUUGCAUUGCCUAUGUUAUUUUCUGACAUUUGAUUGGCUCAGACCAGCUGCCCUAUUUUUCUUAAAUUGGACAGUUUGCGUAUUGGUAAAGGAAAGCCCUAUCUGAAACUAUCCAAAUUAAUCCUUAAUUGGACAGUUCGUUAAAAUUAAUAAUAGGGACCACGAGGAGCCGCAUGCAGUACAAUUUCUGUCCCGUAAUUUAAUCAGUUAAAUCAUUAAAGUUGACAGGUCUUUCUGAUGAUCAAAGCGACCGUUCGGUUUACCAUUUACACCUUCAGUGCGAAGACUGUCACGGGAACAUUAACACCUUCAGGAUAAUUGCUUACCAUAACAGUGGUAGGUCGCGCGCGUCUGGUCGGUUUCGAAGAACGUGAUCGUGACUGUUGUUUUCAUUCAGUGACUGUGCGCGUUGAUAUGCCAACGUUUAAAACAGACUGCGACAUUAAAUUUUUGUUAUAAAAGCAAAGAAGCUGCUGAGUAGAAACUAAACUGUCCCAGAUCUAUUCCGUUUCAUUCAUUCCGUUUCAUUCGUUUCAUUCAUUUUGAUGGGGUCUGUAUGAUGAAUUUACUUCUGCCUUCUAAUCAGGCACGUAAACAACAUAGAGAUAAAACAUUUCAUUUUGCUUUUGUGGAGUAAAUUCAUCUUAAGAAAGUUAAACUAGUGGACAACUUUCUCCGCGUACUUGUAAAAAUGGGCAUUUAAAAUGUCGCGCUACAGUGCGAAAAUCUUCUUGUCGUGGAUUAGCUUUCAGUAUACAUAUUGUUAAUCUUCAUUUCGCGCCAGAAUAAAUUAGUUUGCGCACAAAGGGCUUCUAAAAAAAGUCACAAGGUUUGUCCCACUUCGAGUCCACCUUCUGGAGAUACGCCGGCAUGGUAGUGGAAUACAUUGCCGAGGCGAAGAUCUGGCAUUUUUUCCUCCUCGUCUUUUUUUCCCCGCGACGUUUGUUUAUAUUUGUAGUGAGAAUGCCGUGCAUAUCGGUGGAUUUUACUUCAGUGAAGUGGGCUUCAGUUCCUGCGGCUUGCUACUCAUCAUAAAGAAGAGUGCCGGAAUCGCUUUGUUCGCCUUUAACAGAUUUGUUGUCGAAUGCAAGGUAAAAGAACGGACUACUGUAAGGUAAGAAUUGAAGUUUAAAUUUGUUUCUCGACGAAAAAUGGUGCAUACAACUCGUGAAACCCGUGAGUAUUACCUCUGUUUAAUAUACCGGAUGUCAUGCGAUGACCCCUCGCUUUUACGAUGGAUAAGACCGAUACAAACAAUAAUUUCUUUCGCAACGUUUAGUAUAAUUUACUUAAUAUGGAGAUCAUCUGAGGACGAUUUUUCGUUAUAUAUGCUUCAUUUCUUGGCUUAUUCCGGCUACGUGCGAAAAAUUAGAUGACAAUGUUUGUGUGCUAUAAUUAUACUGAUAAUUUCUUGCACCUUGAAACUAAUGAAAGCCAAACUUGUUUAACCCUAGCAAAAACCUCUUUUAAUGGAGAAACUCAACCUGAUAGUUGCACUAAAAUCUAAUAAUUGUCACUGCAUUUGCAUGCUCUCUGUAACCUCGUGGGUAGAACAUACCUGAUGGUUACAUUAAUAAUAAUCACUGCAUUUGCUCUCUGUAGCCUCGUGGGUAGAACAUACCUGAAGGUUACGUUAAUAAUAAUCAUUGCAUUUUCUCUUUGUAACCUCGUGGGUAGAAUAUACCUGAUGGUUACAUUAAUAAUAAUCACUGCAUUUGCUCUCUGUAACCUCGUGGGUAGAACAUACCUGAAGGUUACGUUAAUAAUUAUCAUUGCACUUUCUCUUUGUAACCUCGUGGGUAGAACAUACCUGAAGGUUACGUUAAUAAUAAUCAUUGCAUUUGCUCUCCGUAACCUCGUGGGUAGAAUAUACCUGACGGUUACAUCUAAUAAUCACUGUAACCUCGUGGGUAGAACAUACCUGAGGGUUACGUUAAUAAUAAUCAUUGCAUUUUCACUUUGUAACCUCGUGGGUAGAACAUACCUGAUGGUUACAUUAAUAAUAAUCACUGCAUUUGCUGUCCGUAAACUCGUGGGUAGAGUAUAUUACAUUAAUAAUAAUCAUUGCAUUUUCUCUUUGUAACCUAUGCCUCUCUCCUGGAAAUUUUGCCCUGUCCUUUGAGCAUAGUGAUCUUUGGGUAGCAAAUUCACGAAAACAGGGAAAACGCUUUUUUUAACAACAGCAUUUAUAUUAUUUGGCUUUUUGAGGGAGGUUAAACAAUAAUUGAAUAGAAUAUAAAAAAAGCUGAUAAAGCGGAAAAAUUUAUCUUUACAAAAUGCGCUUUGACAAUGUCAAGAGUGAAAUAAGCUGAAGUUUUGUAGUUAGCCCGAAGAAAACCUGUUCCUGCAUGAAAAGCAGUUCUGAUUCCCUUCUCUUAACUAGAAGAGAUGCAUAUCCCUGUGACCCAGUUUUUUAACCAGGAGCGAUUCCCACUCACUUCUGAUACUUUAUUGACACGAGUUCCUAUUUCAAUAUAUGUCUAAUUCAAGCUUAGCCGGGUGAUAGCUCUUCAUUAGCGAAAAGGUCUAAGUGAUAUUUUGAUUGACGUGUUGUUUUGGAUCCUGAGGUUUUUUAACACCUUUUCUCUAGCUUAACUGGCGAAGAUAUUCUAGGAAUUUGCCCUUCAAUUCCAAAUUCUUUGAUGUGCCGCCAGAUGCCGUGCAAAAAUAUCACCGCUUGCGGCUCCUCGUGUUAGAAUCCACCGACGCGCCGGCAAUGAGAACGUCGCUUAAAAAGUUGCGUGCUUCCAGUCUUUAUCGCAAUUAUUCCUAGCCACUUACUAUGUCAAAUGUAGGCGAACCCUCCUGAAAUGGAAUUCCUAGGGACCAUAUCCAAGUUCGCAAAGAGAAAUAAAAUUUCGCUGUUGCUUGUUUACGUACUCUAUAAAACGCGAAAUUAGGCAUUUUCACGUCGUAUUUGUGCAAAAACGGGCAAAGAAAUGUAGAAAAAAGCGUGAUGAACAUGCACAGAUGUUGUUUUGCUUCAAAAACCUAUUGUUUUUUUGACGUUCUCUUUGCCGUCCGCGUCGUUGGAUCUGAAAGUUCCUAAUAAUAGCUUUGCUGUCAAUAUCGGAUUAACUAACAGCUAUAUAAUUAGGUUAAUAAAUCAUAACGGUUCGGCGGAUCUACAUACUUCUAUUCACCCCCGUCUAUAUAUGACCACCAAAUUUAGCGACUUUUCCUAAAAAUUAUCUGCAAACAUUUUAAUUUAAAGUGGUCGUGACAUGGACGUCAACAUUGACGUUACCAUAGGAAUCAAGUUUUGUCAGCCAUGUUUUUCACAAUUUGCACUUUUUUUUCUAAAAAAUGGGUUUUAAUUAUGUUCUUACCAAUGGAAUUAUGAUAUUACAUUUACAUUAGCAUUAUCUUAUCAAAGUUAUUGUCGCUGUCGAUGAAAUCCAGGCUUUGUAGUGACUAAAAUAAAACACAAACAGCGGUGAUAAACAUUGUGAGGUUUCGCAUUUUUGUAAACUUGACUAGCACUAUUCAACAUACAUUUUCAAAAGUGAUCUUAAGUGACCAUUAAAGCAAGUGACGAGAAUAUAUAUUAAAAAAUUACAGACGCUAAGAUCACUCUUCAGUUAUUGUUGACCGUGAAGUUCCUACCACUGGACAUAACAUUAAAUGGGAUCGCUUUUGAAAUCUUAGCAUCUGACAAAACAGAUUAUCAUUGUAACAAAUAAAAGAAACAUUUUUGUCUAUUUUGUCAUGAUUUAUUUUGUUUAUACAAGGCCUUACGCCAGCUUUUAAUGUCAACAUCAGCAGUGAAAAGCUGUUGCUUUAUUGGCUGUUGCCUAAAUUUUGUAUUCAUUACUGUUAAGAAUUUUUAAAUUCUUAUUCUCAUUUCCAGACCUCUUGUAAAAAAUAUGUAGUUUCGUCAUUUGCUUUAACGCACACUUAUGAUAACUUUUGAAAAUGUAUGUUGAAUAGCAUACGAACGUCAAGUUUAAAGAAUUGCAAAACCUCAAAAUGUUUAUCACCGCUGUUUGUGUUUUAUCUUUGAUCAAACUACGUUGGCCUAACAACAAAAGUCUCUUUGUAGCGACUAGUUUGAGAAAAAAAAAACAUGACCAAAUGGAACAUGCUGAGUUUAAUUUCCAACAGUGUUCAUUUCUCCCCGAAUUGCAUAUUUUGUAGAUUUUUUUGCUUCCUAUGCAUCCUUUAAUACUCAGAUCAAGUUUCAUAUUAAAAAUUCCUCGAUGUAUGUGGGUUUUAAGUAAUUCAAAGUUACGGCUCUAAGAUGGCGGAUGCUUUCAGUCCCUUUUCAGUAAUAGAUGAUGCCAUCAUGACAUCACUGCUAUUGUUAAAGGUUAUUUAUACGUUAGCGAACUUGUUGAUUUUAUCAAAUACCUUAGUAUUUAAGUAUUUUUCGCUUAAAUGUACUUUGAGGAAAUUUGGAAUCUGCCAAUAAAUUCAACAAUAUGACGUCAGAUUACGUCAUUGCGUCAAUAAUCAAUAUGCCUAGAUGUUGAAAAUGAUGAGUACUUGUAAUUUUGCUUGCUGUAGCAUGAGCAGUUUUGAAAUAGGCUAGUUUCGUAUUCCCGGGCGGCCUAGGACGAGCGAUUUUUUUUGCGCAAAAGCGAGGCUAAUGCGGGUCACUUCUCACCAAGAAGCCAAACAAACAUAAGAAAACUGCGGCUGAGUUGGAUUAAGAAAAAACGAUUUAAACGUUGAAAGGUUUUGGAGGUCUCAAAACUUACUUACAGGCUUGAGAACUCAUUGUUUCAAACAGCACAAAAAAAUCAGCACGUCAUCACUACAGAAAUACGACGAGGAUAACCAGAAAUUGACCGAAAUAGUGGUCGGUGAUUCAGAUCAAUAAAAAUGCGAGAUGGUUUCAAAAUCUUUUAACAAGGUAAAUACCUUACAGCCAUAUUAACGUCAUUUUCAGUGAUGGUUAAAACUUCUUUAAGCCAUGUUUUUUCCAAUGCAGUUUACGUUCUUGUCGAAAGUUUUUAAAUUAUACUGAAACCUUCUUUCUAGCUAAAAAUUUGUCUAACGGAGCCAAUGCAAAAUCUUGUGUAUUUGGAAAAAAAAAUAGUUGAAUAGGCUUAAACGAAGAUGACUAAAACGUAUAAGUUUAUUUAUACAUUUAUAAGCUUACAUUUAGCUUACAUGGUUUAUCAAAUUUUUCAGUCACAUAAAGAAAAACGUAUGCACACUUCACUCGACAAGACCUCGAAUACAGAAUUCCACACAGAACAUAUACUAAGCAGUUUAAAGGGAUACUCUAUACCCGGCCAAAACGGCAAUUUUACGAAAAGAUAGCUUACGGCCUUAUUUUAAGAUUUUGAUAAAAUAAAAUGUCCAGUUCUUCUGCAUCUGCUUGAAAACGAUAAAAGCUGUUCGUCACGCAAUUUUAAUUUUGCGCUUCAGCUAUAGAAACCGAUAAUGACGUAGAAAGAAGGUACUGUCUUAAAUCAAUACAAAGUGGCUUCUAGGUUUCCGGUCCGUUUUGAACGGUCAAUAAAGGAUUUUUUGGAUGAUAUUUCAGGGAGAAUUUUGUAAUACCACACUGCUGCAUCGCUGUUGAUUGUUUCAACACUCGACGGAGUUAGUCUAUCACUAGCAUUGGCCAGAUGAUCGCCGAUAUGAUCCUCAGAAUUGGUCUACAUGUAUCUGAUUUACUUCUGACGAUGUUUUCAUUGCAUAGUGUGUUACGUAUUGUAUUUGUCGAAUUUAAUAUGUGGGUUGGCCCUAUAAUAGCACAGGUAACCCAGGCUCUGUGAUAGUACCACAGUACGGUUCCAGUAAAAUUACAGUGUUUGUAUGGGGUAAAAAUAUCAUCCUAAAAUUUCUAGGAAAUACUAAAUAAAGGUCAAUGAAACUUACUCUGCAGUUAAUUGUUGUUGUCCUUAUUGUUCCAACGAAGUUUCGUGAUAAUUUGCAGUAAUUUGUUCAAAUUCACUCUAUCUACAAUAAUAAUAUACAAGGUAGGAAACACGAGGUGCCAUUUUCGCCGACAUGCUCUCAUUCAACACAACUUUUUCCACGAAAUUCGAACUCCAACGGAAAAUAAACAUGCCAGGAUCGUAGAAAUAGGAUAGCAGCAGAUAUAGAAACCAAUGAAGCUUUCCCAGAUAGAGAAACGAAUCCCACAGACUUGGACAAACUCGAAGAAUAUAAUCCAAACACACCGAGAAUACGCUCGCCGAAGCAGCCGGGCCAGAUCAACGUGCGGCCAAGAAAAUGAAGCCUGGGCACUGUACAAAAAAAUUCCAUCCCGGGGGUCCUGGGGUGACCUUUCUAGGGACCGAUACAUCAUUUGCCCAAGGCCACCCUCCCCUGCUGGAAAAAUACUUGAUAGAAGGCAAUUGUUCUUCUUAGCCAAUCACCAUUUGCCAGAGCAAACCCCGCACACGCGCCUGAAUUUAAAUGGCUAAAAAAAAAGUAAUAUAAUCAGGAGAGUCUGCGGAGUUACAAGGCGUCCCAUUCCUUUUACUAAGGAAUGCAAAUAACAGUAAUGAAACUAAUGAAAAAACAACGCGAAAUGCUUACAAGGCGGGCUAAAAACAAGGUUGAACAAAAGGUAGAUGAUGACUGAGAUACUGUUGCUGUGAACCCUCGAGCGAAACUACCGUAAAUAAACAGUGAAGCUUACAAACUAAUGUCAAAAAUUAUACAGAAAAUUGCAUCAGAAUAUGAAUUGCGAUAACUGAGACGAAUGUGAAAGGCACGUGCACUAGUAAACAAAGAACUAGCGCGAUUAACAUAUUUAGCGAUUAAUGCGGCAGUAACACGCCAACUUCUUGUCAAUACAAGUGAACGCUCUAUCAGUUAAAUAUGUGAAUCAUCGAGAUACACCUCUCUUUGAAUUUGGUCCUGUUGUACAAAUGCCUCGGUAAGAGCCAAAAUUCGCUUAUAUCUUUUGCUCGUUUUAAGUUUUGUAAAUCCUCCUUCGUUGUUCUUUCCUUUGCCCUUAUAACCUUGCCCUAUUGAUGUUUGAUAAACUUUCUGAGGACCCGCGCCAGGAGCUGAAUAUAGUUCGAGAGGAAAAUAAUCUCUUUAUAACAGGCCAUAGUGAUUGGCUAGGAAGAACAAUUGCCUUCUAUCAAGUAUUUUUCCAGCAGGGGAGGGUGGCCUUGGGCAAAUGAUGUAUCGGUCCCUAGAAAGGUCACCCCAGGACCCCCGGAUCGGAUUUUUUUUUGUAUAGUGCCCAGGCUUCAUUUUCUUGGCCGCGGGUUGAUCUGGCCCGGCUGCUUCGGCGAGCGUAUUCUCGGUGUGUUUGGAUUAUAUUCUUCGAGUUUGUCCAAGUCUGUGGGAUUCGUUUCUCUAUCUGGGAAAGCUUCAUUGGUUUCUAUAUCUGCUGCUAUCCUAUUUCUACGAUCCUGGCAUGUUUAUUUUCCGUUGGAGUUCGAAUUUCGUGGAAAAAGUUGUGUUGAAUGAGAGCAUGUCGGCGAAAAUGGCACCUCGUGUUUCCUACCUUGUAUAUUAUUAUUGUAGAUAGAGUGAAUUUGAACAAAUUACUGCAAAUUAUCACGAAACUUCGUUGGAACAAUAAGGACAACAACAAUUAACUGCAGAGUAAGUUUCAUUGACCUUUAUUUAGUAUUUCCUAGAAAUUUUAGGAUGAUAUUUUUACCCCAUACAAACACUGUAAUUUUACUGGAACCGUACUGUGGUACUAUCACAGAGCCUGGGUUACCUGUGAUAAUAGUGAAUGGCCAAUCAAAGAUGUAUUUAUUUUUUUGUUGACCAUAUUACAACAACACUUGGCGUAUUUACGUCCUCAAUUAAUAUAUAAUCUGGUCUAGUUACCAACAUUAGGCUAAGCUAUGUAGAUUAGUCGAUUGGUUAUUAAUAUGAUAACUUUAUCUUAUCAAAUUUUGCCAGUGUUUAAAUUCUCAGUAUAUCAGCUGUGAGGAUUAUUCCAUAACUGACAACAUCCUUCACAAUUCGUGUUAGAAAUUUUAGCGGAGCUCUCGCGCGUACACCGACCGACCGCCCGACCGUCCGUCCGUCCGCACCACAAGCAAACCAAUGUAAAAUAACUCAAUCAACAGGUCAACAGGUAUGGCAGCCCAAAUGCAAACACGAGGUUAUUUUGGCGGAAAAUCGCAUAGCCACCCGCGUCUGAGACAACUAAAGAGUCAAUGAAGACAAAAACGGAAAGGGGAAAUUGUCUCUGUAUCUGUGUUUUCUAAAGUAUUAGGCUUAGAUUAAUUGUCAUGUCCACAAAUUUGGAAUAUAGAGCAAGAGAAAGACAGAGAAAAAGAGAAAGUAGGCGGCAAGCUAGCGAAGCUCAACGAGAAAAGGACGACAGAGAUCUAGAGCGAGAGAUAAAAAAUCAAAGGAGACACUUUUUGUUGGAAGAACAACAUGAAAAUGUUGUUGCGGCGGUGACAAAAAUGAGAAAUGCUAGCGGCCAACAAUGCAAGGUGAAAAUGAGCGGCAGUGAAAAAAAGUGAACGCGAACACGUACGACAUUUCCUCCAUAAAAAGUGUAACUAGGAAGUUUCUGGAAGUUUCACGUUGUAGUCGUGCAAAACAAAGGCAAAGAAGUGUGCAAAAAAAGUGUGCUGCACGUGCAAAAAUGUUUUUUUGCUAAUUAGACCUAUUGUUGUUUUUCACCGUUCUCCGGCGUUGCCUUCGCCGCUUAGCAUUACACGAUUUUAUAUUUUCUUUGAACAAACUAUAACGAAUAUUAUCGAGAGCUCCGCUUCGUACAUUUCGGUCGUACAUUGUUGUUGCUCUUUCUAUUUUGGAGACUAUGAUGAUAACUCUAUGGCACCCAUCUGGCGUGAUGCCACUGGCCUGUGUAUAGGCACAGUAUAUUUUUUAUUACAGUCAGCACUCUAAGGCGAAACUGUGUUGUAUUCUCUGCCCUGCUAUGCUACACCGCUGUUUAUACGUUGUUUGUCUGUGUUGUCAUGUGCUGCUGUAUUGGUUUUGUAUUUGGCCUCUUAAGGCCACCCCUAGUAAUCGGGUCUGGCCUUGCUUUGAACGCUGCCUGUUUUGUUUUGUCUUUAUUUUGCUUUCGCAUCGGACAAUGCCUCGUCCUUUAUGUCCCAAAAUGACAGCACGUAGGUUGGGGCCCUCUGGCUUCCCACGUCAGGCGUGUGUGCACAGGACUCUUUACCUUCCACAUCUACAUCCAGCUUCACACCAACUGCCACGACAUCAUCCCCACCCACCUUGAAAUCACCAUCCAUAGUCAACCCCAGUUCAACCAUGGUUCAGGAUAUAGCUAAAGCAGUAUGUGAAGCAGUUAUCCAGUCUCUGGAUCCCUUCAUGGUGCACGUGUAUCUGCAGUCUGUCUCGGGGUCAGUGUCCUCACUGGUGAAAACACCAGUGAGCAGAUGCCACUGUACAGGAGUCUGUGGCUUCUGCUAUAAAUUCUCUCUCAGAUGAGCCUUCAUCUGAGGUGGCUCCAGCUUAUGAAAAUUGCUUCCUUUUUAAAAUCAUUAUAUUUUGCUGAUUAGCAUCUGUAAUGCAACCUCUACCUUUAUCUAAUGUGAUGUCAGAUGCUCGCUUAAACUGGAGACUUUCCGUAAAGAAACACUCACCGCUAACAACCGUUCGUUAAAGUUAAUUUUGCCACCGGGUCCCCGGGUGGAUGAACCUUUCUUAUCUUCCGCUUAAGUUGGUUCUGCUUGAAAUUCAUUGGCAAUUUCUUUCACUUCGUCGUUGCUUGCCACUUCAUCAUUGAGCCUUGAUCCCCUUCUUGCGCCUUUAUAUCUUUGACAGCCCUCUGUAACAGAUCCAGUAGAAUCUAUAUCUUCACUGGGCUCUCGAUUAAAACGUCACUGGGUUGGUUUAUUUUCUUCUGGGUUUUCUUACCUUAGUUGUUUAGUUGUGUUCUUCCCAUAAAAGGGGGGGGGGCCUUACGUUUUUACCGGCAUGAAAACUUUGAACAGCUUGUACAUAUUUCUAUAGCGACAAGAACUAAACGGCUUGCUCUUUUUAAUGUGAGAUUGAUAACCUGUACCCUCUGUAUUUUGUUUUUAAUUUGUCAAUGUUAAUAAAUGCUUUAUAUUUUUGCUUCUUGUAAACAGAUAUGAACAACGAAAUACACUAGUCUUGUGCAAUGUAGAAAGUGAACGGGAAAGCAAAAAAUCAUUCGGGUAGAAACAAGUUAUUUGUCAGGUACCGGGGAGGCUAAAUAAUCACUGGGUAGACUGAAUUAAACCACUGGGUAGGGUUUCACUGGGUCUGUUACGAAGGGGUGUUCUUUGCAGCGACAUUUUUUAAGUAUGUUGAUACUGUAAAAAUCAAACGGCGACUUCCGUUAAGAAUAAAAAUGCUCAACCCACGGCCCCCAAAAUUAGCAUCUGUUUUAUAACAUCUUCCGAAAUUUAAUGAAGUUUAAAUUGAGAACCUACACUUCAAGCCUCUUUAGCUAAGUGCUGAGGCCAACACGUAUGUCCGAAAUUGUAUUCUUUUUCAUCGGUAAUAAAAAUAGACCAUGAAGAAAGGAAAAAGUAACACUUCACAUGUCGUUUCUCAAGUAAAAGUUGUUUGGAUCGCAAACAAUUAUUAAUAAUAGCCUAUUAAUUUAUCACUGAGUGCACUUCUUGUAAAACGUGAUUAAGAAAUUAAAGAUUAUAAUUGUUGUUGUUGUUGUUGCAUAUUCUCGUGGUCUAUUUCUGUAAGAAAAGCCUUUUUUUGGUCUUUCAAAUAGCUUUUUCCUUUACGUACCUUAGUAAUAGCCGAAAAGAAAGAGCAUACGUAAAUCAUUACGAAGAACAUCCUUGUCCGGAUAUUACAAAGAUGCCCUGAUAUCUUACAAAAAACAAUAAUUGUCGAUGAGUUACUUGAAUAUUGUUACUUAAUAUUCUGCAAGCAUGUCAAACACUGAAAUUUUAUCUCCCACUAUGAAAUUUUUUUAAAAAUUUCAAUAUUCUAAAUCAUAUCAAAUAUUGAACCAUUUUUCCAUUGCGAUCUUUCUCCAACGUUCCAUUUCAUCAUAUCUGCUCAAGGAUCCUAUUUUCCCAAAGAGACCUAUCCUUUGAAAAGUGUUCUCGCACAUAAAGUUGCCAUUGGGCGCUUUCCUUUUACCAAGAAAUUCUCGAUAUUCCGGUUGGGAUGUAAAUGGAGAACACCAUCUUCCUGUAGCAUGUGUUGCAGCCGGCCUACGCGUCGGUCUAGACUAUUGGAGGUGGUUUAGGGUGUAUGCGACGCAGGCUAGUAUACGGGCAUUUCAAUGAAAAAUUCCCUGGAAUAAGUGGAACUAUUAAUAGGUUUCUCCGUUGGAAACGUUCUGAUGGAGAUGAGUGUUUCAUUAAAGAGUGUUCGCAAAGGUUUACGUGUUCCAGGCUGUUCACGGCGAUUUCAUGUGACGCCAUCUUGAAUUAUCGCAAGAGAAGGGAACAAACGUUGUUAUUGCAGAAAACGCCCUCAUGUAUCAAAAUAUUUCACGGUAUAAUAUUUUAAACAAAAGGGACACAUGGCAAAAUCAGAUGUGAAUCACUUUUUUUGGAUGUCAAACCUUACAUCGAUACUGAGUGCCCUUGAAUCCUUUCGAUUCUUCCCGUAAGAAAAGUCUUAUUUUCAUUAUUAUUUUUUUCAAACAACUUCCCUUCAAGUAGCUUAGUUCAGACUGAGCCAAAAAGAGUAUUAGAGUAAUUUAAACAGCCCGGUUUGGCUUGUUUUGCCCAAGAUGUUUGUAUACUGAUUUCUCACUCGACAACUCUAACUAGAGAGAUAUUAGCGUCGAUAUUGCUUCUGAUAUUUUGGUUUUGUGAGUCCUAUUGGUGUUAAGAUGUUAUAACUGUAUUCAUCCCGGCCCGUUCUCGUGGCAUUACUGGUGCCAGGAGUGUGUCUCCAAUAGCCGGGCUCCCUUUAACACACCUGCUAAAAGACUGAAGGCAGGAAAAGUAUUUUAAUUGCUAUUUAUUGUAUUUUUUUUUCUGCAUCUGUAAAGUACUCUAAAAUGCUAAAAAUAAAUGGGAUCGUGAAAACUCCUUGACAUUGGCUUAUAUAUAGUAAGGGAGAUCAACAGCUGCUCUGUUUUGGGACUCCUGAUAGGUUCUGUAAGUAUCGAGGGAUCCAAAUACAAGUAACUUUAGCAUUGUAAAUGAUUGGAUUAUACAAAUAAUAAAAAAAGACGAGACCCGAUGUCAAUUUUUGCCCAAUUUGUUUUCUGUGAGAACAUCAUGCAAAGAGCCAUCGUUUCGGCGCGGAUUUCGUACUUUCUGUACUUUCCCUUGAAACCAUACGGCCUGGGUCUAUUGUAGUGAUCAGAAACCGACCCGAACAAUAAUGUUAGUGAAUGUUAAUGCAUAAAUCAUAAUUCACAUUAUCCAACCUUUUUAGAACUUCAGGAAUCAUUUUUGUUUAUCCUUACUGACAAUAAAGUAAAGGUAGUAACUCUUCCUACAUUUUAAUUCUAAUUUUGCAAAUACUUAGUAGGUUAUAAUGAGAAGGACUCGCACACUGGUGUUGCUAUAAAAAUUAGCGUCCCUGAUCUGCAUCCGCAAAAUUAAAAGAGAAAAUAUUGCGGCUGAUAUUAUAUCAGACUAAUUUUGCAAUAUGUCACUUGUUUGAAUUUUACUUUACGAAUAAGAUAUCUAAUCUAAAUUGAACUCAUAACUCCAUAACUCCAACUAUUUCACAUUUCAAUUUAUUGGUAACAGCUAGGAAUCGACAAAAUUUGACUGGGGAGUUAAAAGCGUUUGUCCACCCGGCAUAAGUUACUACCGGUGAGAAACAAUUUAUUUGAUCAUAUAAACAUUGACACAUACAGAGAUAACUUAAUGGGAAGAAAAACUUUCCGAAGGAAAAAUCCCGGCCUUUUUAAUUUAAUUUCAAUUUCUGUUUUUCUUUUUUAGGAAUGAGAGUAAUUGUAGAAGGACGCAGAUUUCUAUAGCAAUUCUUCAUUUAUUAGAAGUCGUUCUAAUUCAAGUGUUGAAUAGUUGUAUUACCUGUAACUCCUUUGAAAAGGGUCAGUUAUAUGAAAAAUUAUAGUAUGCUUACAUGGGCAUAGCGUGGUUUUACCGUUUAGGUACGCUAACUUUAGUUCUAACUUUGUUCGUUGUCGUUGUUGUUCUUUUUGUUGUUGUUGUUGUUUUUGUUGUAGUCGUUAAAGCGGCUGUGUCACAGCAGUCCAGUUCAUUUUGUUUUAUUUUGCCAAUUACUCGCCCUCAAUCGCUAUGGAACUGAAACUAGGCAAACGAAUCACAUGAUUAGAGACAAACAAAUAUGUCCUCUGAGCAUUACUUUUGAAGCUGCAAACAGCAGAGUUAAACUUUGAAAAACUGUUAGGCUGAAACCCUAAUAACAAUUAUAUUGAAAUUGCGUUAAAAUUUCUGUUGCGUUAUUUUAACCUUCCUUUAACGUUUUAAGCGGUUAUUUUUAUGUUUCUUUUAAUUUAAAGAGCAUUUUGCAAUAACCUAAUUCUGGCUGAAUUUCGUGACACAGCUCCUUUAAUUAAACAAGUUGAGGAGAUUUACUUUGACUAGCUCGACCAAUUUUAAGUGUUUCCUCUUUGCUUUACAUCCUGUUAAUUAUGUUUGAUGUGACGAGAAGUCAAUGCAUGGCUUCGUGGUACAGCCGAUAUUCAGUACUGAGUUAAAAAGUGAUAUUUGCUAGUUUCUUGGUUUAAGUACACUUUUCCGAUAUUUGAUUAUAUUGUUAGCAGAUGCAUUGAAUGCAUCCUUACGCAACUGCGUACCUCAAAAAACUAAAUGAUAAUUAUAUAUAUUUUUUCAUUCUAUUUAUUUCUUUAUUUGACUAAUUUAUUUAUAGAUUUUUUGAAAAAAACGACCUUUACACAUGUAAGACUUUUUUGCUUGUAUUGCUGCUAUUUUACUAAAAAAAAAAUGUGAAUUUUGUACUAUUCAUUUUAAUAUGGGUUCAAAACCCUGUCAUCACAACCACAGUAACAAAAUCAAAAGCCAACAAAAAAAAGAAAGAAAUGGAUCGAAAUCCACGAAUAGCAAUACAAAGACUUUACCUUUUGAACACUUGAAGUCAUUUUCUUCCUUUUUCUGAGAGGUCCACGAAAGAAUUUGAUCCGAUUUGAUGAAAGCGUGAAAUGCAGUCAUUUCGGGUCAGAAUUUAUGAGUUCAUGUUCAAGGUGCUCAGUUCAGUAAAAAUUUGAGUGGUAAAUGAAUUAAAUGGCCCAAAGAUCAAUAAGCGACUUCUUUAGCCGGGGUGUGAUUAACAAGGUUAAUGAAAGGGAACCAACCAACAGAGGAUAAGUCCCUUUUUAACAAUUACAUCAAGUUAUAUUUAUACCAGUAGUACCAAAGGUUGACAAAUAAACAACAAAGUUACUAUAUAGUUAGCGUUUUUUUUUUUUUUUUUUCAUACUAUGAUUUAUGAAACUUCCCCCUGGAAAUCAUGGGAAAUGGAAUUUCCAAGGUCCCUAAAAAUAAAAAUCCUCUGGGGAGUAUGUCCCCAGAUCUCCCUAGAGUCUUGCGCCUUCCCCGCUUGUUUCACUACGCCUUCCUGUGCGUAUACGCCCCUGCGUUCUAACUAACUUCCUCUACAAGUACCGCCUAAGGGGGGAAAAAUCACAAAUUAUUUGUUGCAAAUCACGAUCAGUGGUUUCACAGUAGCUGUAGAAAAGGAUGUGCAGUUAAAAAAUAAAAUGUCUUUCAACGCUUGGCAUCCGGAAACGUCACCAGAUCCUCUAUAAUCAAACCUCCGAAAAAGCAUUUUGAAUUAUUUUGCAUAUUAAAGUUACAUAUGACUUAUUUAUUAUUACAGCGAAUUGUCUUUAUUAGUUUGCGUUAUUAGCGGGUAGUUAUUGACGUUACUGAUUAACGGAGAAAAUUAGGGAAAUAAAUUGUUGUUGCCUGACAUUAAUUUAGCAACCAGCUUGUAAUUGAACUGUAGUAUUUCGAUAAGAAAGAGUAGAUUGGUCCUCUUUACUUACUAUUAACACUAAAAAUUGCUUGAAAAUGUGAGUGUGGUCACAAGCACAAACAACAACAGUAACAAUCAAACGAAUACAGGUCUGUCAACUGGAUCCGAUAAGACUAAGCCAAAUCCUAUGCACAUUGUCUUGUGCAAAGGCAACCUUUUCAUGGCAAAGCUAGGCAUUUCAACUUCUCAACAACAACUGUAAUAACGGUAACAAUAAAUACUACUACUACUACUACUACUACUACUACUACUACUACUACUACUAAAUAAAUACUAUUAAUAAAAAUAAUAAUAACAAUAAUAAUGAUAAUAAUUAAGAAGAAGAAGAGGAAGAAUAAUUAUAAGAAGAAGAGUAAUAAAAGCAACAACAAUAAGGUUUUUUUUUAGCAGACUUCAACUGAUUAAUGACAUUACUUUGGCCCCCAGGUAGCAUAGGGGCUAGUCCAGGCGAGUACAAUACAAGAAAUUACAUCCGUAUGUACUGAAAUAAACUGAAAAUAUAGAGGCAUUCUAGAUUGCACUGCUAGUUUUAACUUCUUUUAAUAGAGGUACUUAAAAGGAGAAACGAAAAUACACACCUAAAUAAUAAAGGCAACAAUUAAAUCAGAAAAAAUGUCGCAAACCCUCGCCUACUGACUGGAGAAAAGCCUCAAUGCCGCGGGUAAAGUGGUUCAAAACCUCACGCAAACCUUGAUAUCGUAUCUCUCAACUUUAAAAGAAAUAAGAGUGAUAAUUUAAAACAAUUUCUUAGGGUAAAGUUUGCUCCUUUUUUUUGCUUUUUAGGUUGCCUAGGUAUAGGAAUAUAGAGAUAAAAACCAUGAAUAAUACUCAGUCUUGCUUUGUUAAAAUUUGAACAGAGCCUUUAAAUUAAUAUUUGUUCAUAUAUAUUUUUUAACCAGAGUCAUUGCAAGUCAUUACAAGUUUUAAGACGACAUUUUCUGUUCGAAACAUUUUUGGUCAAGGAGAUAUUUACUUAUUGGCUUACUGUGGCUGAUAUUUAGCUUUACUUAUAAAUCCUCAGAAUAUUAUUUUCGGAGGAGCUUAGAAUCAAACGCGGUGUUAAAUUUAGAAAGAAUUUUGAUUUUUUUUUUUGUUGUCCUUGUUGCUUUUUUUGUUGUUUUGUGAGUAUAAUUAAUCUUUUCAUUCAACAUAUCACGACAUUUACGAUCAAUGCAAAGCGUAUAAAAGCGCGACAUACGUGUUUCCAAGAACCAGUAGUCACGAAGAUUUGGAGAUGAAGACUCUAAUUCUGUUGGCACUGCUGGCCAUCAGCUUGGCUAGUCCAUUCAACGGAGAUGCAGUUGCAGCAGAUGACAAUCAAACAAAUGAUCUUGUGAAUGAUCUCCGAGAAAGGUAAGGCAGAAACGUAGGUUGUUCGUGCAAUGUUGAAUAAGUUAAAUCAUGGUAUUAUAGAUUAGAUGAUUACAAUGAGUCAAUUGACUGUAAUUAUGUUAAAUGUGCUUCAAAAUGUUUUCCCGCUGCUGCUGUUGCUGCUCUUUCAUCAAAUAAACGUCGUCGCUUUUCAACGCAGAGCACAUCGUUUAUUAUAAUGAAAAGGGUCUUGAGAUUUUUUUUCGUACUUUAUUGGCACGUAAGGUACACCUGCUGGCUUUAGAGUGAACUUAAGACCCAGCAGUGUUCGGAAGUAUCGUCCAAUGUACAGCUGGCGCGUACUUUAAAUUAAUUGCCUGUAAAUGACUGAGGUCAGCUUUCAUAAUAACUUUAAUAAGUUUUCACCAUUGUGUUUAUUUUCUCCAGCAAUGGCGAGUUUUUUUAGAAGAUUUCAUACGGCUGAUUUCGUACAACGGACCGUGUGUUCGCCUCGGUUGUAGUUUCUUCCUGGCUACGGCCCUGCAUGCUCGGUUUAAUCUAUAAAUUGGGUUAUAUCUCAUUUUAGUGAUAAAAAUUUGCAAGAUGAAGAUAAACAGGAUGAAAACCCAAACAAACAUAUAAACAACAAGAAUGAGAACGAUGAAGAUGAAGAUGAGGAAGGCGCCUAUGAUAUGGAGCCAGAAGACGACGACGAUGAGGAAUUUGAGAACGAAGAUGGGAAAGAAAACGCUUUGGCUAAUCCAGAAUACGAGUCUUCAGAUCCUGCUUUGCCUAUUGUGCCUUUUCUAGCAAAGCGUCUCAUCCGUGCUCGCCGUAUAAUACGUGGAAUUCGACGUUUACGCCGACGAAGACGAAGCCGCCGCCGGUCUUCGCGUGGUCGAAAACGUGGGUAAGGCAGAAAUGAAGCUCGUGUAAUGUUGAAUGGGUUAAAAAGAUAGAAUAUAUGUAAGAGAUUAAGAGGGUAUCUCUCCAGUCUUUCUCAGUGGUACGAGUAUCUUAAAUCUGCUUUUAAAUUUUUACAGUCUGCUGCUGAUGUUGCUGUUUUUCUUAAAGAAACGUCGUCGUUGUUAUGUUUUUUUUUUAACCCAGAGAACUUUGCUGAUUCUGAGAAGGUGUUUGAGACUUUGUUUCGUGGUUUAUCGACUCAUAAAUUACACACUUGUUGGCUAUAGAGUGCACUUAAAACCGGUUGCUGUUCAUCUUUGGAUUUAUCGUUCACUAUAGAUCUUGCACGUACUGUUAAUUGCCGGUAAAUUACUGUAGUCAGUUUUGAUAAUAACUUCAAUAAGGUGCCACCAGUGUAAUUAUUUUCAGCAAGACGACUUAUUUUGCGUAGAUGCAGGGUUUAAUCUGUAAAUGCGGUUAAAUCUCACUUUAGUGAUGAAACAUUGCAAGAUGAAGAUACACAGGAUGGAAUUCUAAACAAAGAUAUAAGCAACGAAAGUGAGAACGAUGAAGAAGACGAUGAAGAAGGCGCCUAUGAUAUGGGGCCAGAAGACAACGAUAAUGAGGAAUUGGAAAACGAAGAUGGGAAAGAAAACGCUUUGACCAAUCCAGAAAACGAGUCUUCAGAUCCUAUUUUCCGCAGAAUCGUACGUAUUGGUCGCCGAGUAGUUCGACGUUUCCGCCGACGUAGAAGCCGUCGCGGGUCCUCGCGUCGUCGAAGAAGACGCUAUCGUGGGUAAGCCAGAAACGUGGCUCGUGUAACGUUGAAUAGGUUAAAAAAAUAGAUUUUAUGUAUGAGAUUAAGAGGGUAACUCUUCAGUCUAUCUCAGUGGUACGAGUAUGUUAAAUCUGCUUUAAAAUUUUUACAGUCUGCUGCUGAUGUUGCUGUUUUUCUUAAAGAAACGUCGUUUUUAUUAUUUUUUUUAACCCAGAGGACUUUGUUGAUUAUGAGAAAGUGUUUGGGACUUUGUUUCGUGGUUUAUCGACACAUAAAUUACACACUUGUUGGCUAUAGAGUGCAGUUAAAACCAGCUGCUCUACAUCUUUGGAUUUAUCGUUCACUAUAGAGCUUGCGCGUACUGUUAAUUGCCGGUAAAUUACUGUACUCAGUUUUGAUAAUAACUUCAAUAAAGUGCCACCAGUGUGAUUAUUUUUAGCAAGACGACUUAUUUUGCGUAGAUGCAGGGUUUAAUCUGUAAAUGCGGUUAAAUCUCACUUUAGUGAUGAAACAUUGCAAGAUGAAGAUAUGGGGCCAGAAGACAACGAUGGUGAGGAAUUGGAGAACGAAGAUGGAAUAGAAAACGCUUUGACCAAUCCAGAAAACGAGUCUUCAGAUCCUAUUUUCCGCAAAAUCAUACGACGUGUUGGUCGCAGAUUAAUUCGACGUUUCCGCCGACGUAAUAGCCGUCGACGAAGACGCCGCUUUGGUUGAUGACUGAAACGACCAAAACGGUAAACGAACUAUCUAUCUACCUAUCCUUCUAUCUAUCUAUCUAUCUAUCUAUCUAUCUAUCUAUCUAUCUAUCUAUCUAUCUAUCUAUCUAUCUAUCUAUCUAUCUAUCUAUCUAUCUAUAA